AUGGAUGAAGACGACCACUAUGCGGUCCUUGGGCUGACGCCGCAAGCCAACGAUGCAGACGUCCGCCAGGCGUACAAGAAGGCCGCCUUGCGCUGGCACCCGGACAAGAACCCGGAGGCCAAGGCCUUGGCCGAAGCCAACUUCAAGCGCAUAGCUGCCGCCUACAAGGUCCUCAGUGAUGCCGGGAGGCGAAAGGCUUAUGAUGAGACGCUGGCGAAAGCUGAUGGAGCCGCCUCUAGCAUCAUGGCAUAUUACUCCGUAUGUGUCUUCUGUACUGAUCGGUCUGCUUUCGUCACACUUUUCCUUCCUUUGCACGACAAGGGCCUGGACAAUCUUCCGCAAAAGCGCGCUCCAAACCUGUCAGCAAAGUCGCACCCAAACGGCCGGGGCCUCACAGAGAUGUGUAGGUGCUGUGCAGCACAGCUCGGUGAUGCUCGGUGUACUCGGAAGCUCGAAAUCAGGCCAGAGCCCACCGUUGACUACGUUGACCUGCAGGAUGCUUUCAACCUCUUUGAGGAGUUCUUCGGCCACGACCCUUUCAAGGCAUGCGCUCCCUUCGAAAUUUGA